AUGAAGGAUGCAAUUAAACCAACACUAAUGCAGACAUUAGAGGGGACUCCUGUAUUUGUGCAUGCUGGACCUUUUGCCAAUAUUGCACAUGGGAAUUCUUCUGUUUUGUCAGACAAAAUUGCCCUUAAACUAGUUGGAGAAGAAGGAUUUGUGGUAACUGAAGCUGGUUUUGGUGCUGAUAUUGGGAUGGAAAAAUUCUUCAACAUCAAAUGCAGAACCUCUGGCUUGAUUCCCAAUGUGGUUGUGCUUGUUGCUACCAUAAGGGCUUUGAAGAUGCAUGGAGGUGGGCCCAGUGUAACUGCUGGUGCCCCUCUGAAGAAAGAAUACACAGAAGAGAAUCUCCAGCUGGUAGCUGAUGGCUGCUGUAAUCUACAGAAGCAAAUUCAAAUUGCUCAGCUCUUUGGAGUUCCUGUUGUGGUUGCUCUAAAUGUCUUCAAAACUGAUUCCCAUGCUGAGAUUGAUUUAGUCUGUGAGAUUGCAAAGCAUUCUGGAGCAUUUGAUGCAGUGCCCUGCAAACAUUGGUCAGCUGGUGGUAAAGGAGCAGUGGAAUUAGCUCAGGCUGUGAGAAAAGCUGCGAAUCAGAAAAACAACUUCAGAUUUCUUUAUAAUUUGGAGCUUCCUAUUGUUGAAAAAAUAAGGAUCAUUGCCCAGAAGGUCUAUGGAGCACAGGACAUAGAGUUGUCUCCUACAGCACAAACACAAAUCGAUCGUUACAGCCGACAGGGAUUUGGAAAUCUGCCAGUCUGUAUGGCAAAAACUCACCUGUCCCUCUCCCACCAGCCUGAAAGGAAAGGCGUUCCAACUGGCUUCAUUCUGCCCAUCAGUGACGUGCGGGCCAGCAUUGGAGCUGGAUUUAUGUACCCGUUGGUAGGAACGAUGAGCACCAUGCCAGGACUGCCUACAAGGCCUUGUUUCUAUGACAUUGACCUUGACCCUGUCACAGAGCAAGUAAAAGGAUUGUUCUGAGAAGCAAGAUCCAAAUUCAGAUGUGAUGUGCAGCUGGAUGCUUUGCAACUUAGAAAACUGAUAUUGUGACCCUUCCAAAGCUUUGCCAAAGGAGCUGUGAGCAUCAGCCUUUCUGUGGAAAACCCUAUGAGGUGCUUCAAGCCUGGAGAGGAGGAAAACAGUAGGAAUUUGAAGCUUGAUGGCAGAAAACAGGAACUGUUUGAAAGCAGUUUGUCUGAAUUCAUUCCAGCAUAAUCAGCCAGAAGAAAUGGUCUUAUGGACUCUUACUCAUUGUUCUCCAUUCAUCGUUCUUCCCCUUUCCUUUUUC